AUGGAUCGAUAUGGAAUUCUAGAUGACUCGUUUGCAUUGUCUAUGGCUGGCCAGUUGCCUUUAUCUUCUUUGCUUACAUUGAUGGGUGCUUACAGAGAGGAACCUGAUUAUACAAUGUUGUCAAACUUAAUCAAUGUAAUGACUAAUGACUACUCUACCCUUGUCAAUACUUUUUUUAGUCUGUAUUAUUUUCAUAAUAUCUGUGAACUAAAUUUGGUCUUCAACUUCUGUAAGGGUGCUUCUAUAAAAAGCUUGGAAUCUGGUUCUUAUGGAAAUGUUACUGGUGUUUAGAUUGAAAAUGGAUCUACCAUUGAAGAAAAUUGGUGAAUUUCACUGUUUGUUCUAAUGACUUCUUGAUUAACCCUUAAGUGCAUGAAAGUUAAGUAAUGGGGGCUUCGUGGUGAGAUCAAAGAGGAUGGAAAGCAAAAG